AAAAAUACUUGUAGGAUACAUUGACACAUCUUUCGGUAGCAGAAUUAUCAGGUGAAAAAGUGGAGUGAAUCCUUCCCCCAACCAACCAGGAGGAGACUGGGGAAAAUUGGGGCGAGAUGAAGAUCCACAAAAAUGGCGCUUGUUUCCACACGAACCGCUUCACAUGCACACACACACACACACACACAGACGGAAAAGCUUCCAUAAUGGACGAUUCCCUGAGGAGUUGUUUCGCAUUCCGUUGCUGACUCCUUCCGCUAUUAUGCCACUGGACGAAAAAAAACACACAAUCAUGAGAUUCCAACAUAAACUAGCUGCAUUCAUGGUGUUAUGCUGCACCAUAGGACCAGCGUUCGCCUCAAGGCUUUCCAAACGAGAAGCUCCACUGCCUGGUAGCAGCUAUCUACCGCCAUCGAAUGGUGGAGGCGCUAGAGGUUAUCCAGCUGCAGGUCCACCGAGCGGAAGCUACGGACCACCAGGUGCCGGCAACGGAGGUCAGGCUCCUUCCCAACAAUACGGCGCGCCAUCCGCUCCAUCGCAACAGUAUGGUGCACCUUCAUCUGGCAGUGGCAACGGAUUUGGCGGAAGCCCACAGGCACCUUCACAACAGUAUGGUGCACCAAGUAAUGGCCAAGGUUCAAACGGCUAUGCCCGUCAACAGAGUCCAUCCCAGCAAUAUGGUGCCCCGUCACAGCAACCCAGUGCUCCAUCCCAACAGUACGGUGCGCCAAGUGGUUCAAACGGAUACCCUGGAUCUCGUCCUCAAGCCCCGUCUCAACAAUAUGGCGCUCCAUCCAGCGGACCAGCACCGCGCCCAUCCCAGCAAUAUGGAACACCAAGCUUUGGCAACGGCAAUGGCUAUAGUUCUAACGGAGGCUCUCGUCCACAAGCUCCAUCCCCGCAAUAUGGUGCUCCUUCCAGCGCUCAGAAUGGAUUCGGCGGAUCACGGCCAGCUGGGCCACCAGCCACUAGCUACGGAGUACCCGCUGCCCCAAGCAACGGCAACGGUGGUUACUCCUCCAACGGGGGUGGUAGUGGUGGAUACAGCAGUGGACGCCCAUCCAUCUCUUACGGUGCACCAUCAGCUGGCGGCAAUGGUGGAAAUGGAGGAUUCGGUGGACGCCCAAGUCAGCAAUACGGAGCACCAUCAACCAACGGCGCCAGUCGCCCAUCCAGCCAGUAUGGAGCUCCAUCGGCACGCGCUGGAAGUGGAAACGGUUUUGGACAGGGUCCUUCCCAACAGUAUGGUGCCCCUGGUGCAGGUGGUGCUGGAAAUGGAUUCGGAGGACGCCCGUCACAGCAGUAUGGUGCUCCUGGCGCUGGCAGUAACGGAAAUGGUUUCGGAGGCAGCCGUCCAUCUUCUCAAUAUGGUGCACCUGCGCCAGGUGGCAACGGAGGAGGAGCUCCUUCUUCCCAAUAUGGAGCCCCUGCGCCAUCUGCUCCCUCUUCCCAAUAUGGUGCCUCAUCUAUUGGAGGCGCCCCAUCGUCCCAAUACGGUGCUCCAUCUGCCCCAUCCCAGCAAUACGGUGCACCAAGUUUCGGAAACGGUCAAUCCUCUGCUCCAUCCCAGAAAUAUGGUGCUCCAUCCGGUGGUAAUGGACAAGGCAGUGGCCCAUCCUCUCAAUACGGAGCCCCAUCUGCUCCAUCGUCUCAAUAUGGUGCCCCAUCGACUCCAUCUCAGCAAUACGGUGCCCCUAGCAACGGUAACGGACACAGUAGUGGUGGAGGAUAUCAGACCAGCGGAUCAGCUGGAAAUGGAUUCUCGCAGGCCUCGUUCUCGGCAAGCAGUUAUUCUUCCUCCAGUGGUAACGGGUACUCUUCCAACGGUGGAUACAGUUCCGGCAGACCUGGCGGCUCAUCUGUCCCAGCUACGCUCUCGCAAUCAUACUCGUCGAACGGAGGAUACAACUAUUAGACACUCAGACGCCCAGAUGGAAACCGACCACCUUAUGUUCAUUGCUUUGGCGCGCCUCAAUUGAACAAAAAAGUGCCUUAAGAUAGAAAAUGUAACUGACUUUUGAUGUACCUUCCGACGAAAAUCACUGGCAAUACUCCCACAGGACCCUAAUGAAGAACGCUACGUGAAAAUCCAGAACCGAACUAUGUUUAACUGUGUAUCAUUAAUUAAUUUAAAUUAUUGUAUUAAUAUAGAAUUAAUUUUAUCAUUUUCUACCCAUUAGUAUUGAAGCAUUUGAGCGGAGCAACAAAAAAUUUGUCAAAAUAAUAUUUAACAAUAUCAUAAUGUUAUAUUUGUAUAGUAUUGUAACGACGAUUUCUGCUCUACGCAAUUUAUUUCACAAUGUUGGAUAACGUUUACUGGCAGGAGAAAUAGAGAGAGUGAAAAAAGGAAUCAAAAUAAACAAUGGCAAUAUCAUCAUUUUCCUCCAAAAA